AUGUAUAUUUUCUAUAUUCUCUUCUCGUUAUUCAUCAUUCCAAAUCUUGUCGACAGUCAAUGUUAUUCGACAUUAUCAACAACUUGGAUAUGUGAUGCCCAUGUGAAAACGAAUAAUAUAUCUUAUCAGUCCGUCCUAACUCAUGAAUAUCUGGAGAAUUUCUUUCUAUUCAAUCAUCAAUUAGACCUAUUCAAACUUGAUAUUUAUCCAUUGACACUUCGUCUAUUGAAUGCAAGUCGAAACCAAAUUCAAUCGAUAGUAAUCACAUCUAAACAACGUUAUACAUCGGAUCUGCGACAAUUGAUACUCGAAUCCAACAGUCUCGAAGAUUUCAAUAUGGAUCGAAUUGUUUUACCUGAAAGAUUAGAAAAGAUUUCAUUAGCAAAUAAUCGAUUGAAAAUUAUUGAUGCUCGAAUCUUUCUUCAUUUGAAGAAUUUGAAAGAAGUUGAUCUAAGACACAAUCAAUUAAAACGCAUUCUGCCUGAAUUGUUGAUCAACAGAAAUGUUCUAUUGAAUAAUAAUCCUCUUGAUUGCCAAUGUACAACAGAAGAUUAUCGACUCGCAUGUGAACGAGCUACAAAUAUCAGACGAAAGCCGAGUGAAAGUAACAAUUGCUUGGCACCAUAUUAUGAUCCUCAACUGAUGGGUACUCCUCUACAAUCCUACUAUCGUUUUUCAACUUUUACUCUUAUUUGCCCUAUCAAUGCUCAGCCACCACCAAUCAUCAUCUGGUCGACACCAUUCGGCAAUUUAACAUCGAUGAAUUCUAGCUAUGUGGAUCUAUUAUCGUUUAAUAAUGAUGAUGAUCCUAUAUAUGUGACACUUCAAGCACUAGCUGGUCCAUUGACAGCUCGAACUGAGCACACUUUGCAUGCAUUUAGCGGUCGACAAUUAUCAGUCACAAAAGCACGCGCUGCUUUACAGAAUCGCAUAUUUUGUUCUGGUAUAAAUAUGUUGGGAGUUUACACUUAUGAAUUUAAUUUUACUAUUGAAAGUCACGUUCAAAAUCGUGCUUUAUGGCAGUUGAUGUACACAGCUAGUUUUGGACUUUUCAUGUCACUUGUCGCAGGUGCACUUUGUGUAACAUUAAAGCGCACUUAUUAUAAUGGUGAUCAUUUAAAAACCCCACCAAUUUAUCCAACAAUGGCACCCAAUAGUGCUGCUCGUACUCCACCAAAUUUUGAAUUAAAUCAGUGGUUAUCGUUAGCGGCAGCGAACAUUAGUGGUACACUUGAGCAAGUCCGUGACAAACUUCGACUGGGUGUACAACAAGUUAGUGAACAUAUGGGACAAACAAUGGGUCGAGCUACAGAGUUAUUCAACUACGGUGUACAACAUGCUGGUGGAACUAUUCGACAAGCCGCUGAAACGUCGGCUGCUUAUUUACAUUCAUUCCGUGAAUCGAGUCAGCAACGUUUAAACACAAUGCGUGUACAAACUUUAUCGUCCAUACGUAAUCCAGGUCAUUUAAUGCGUGCCGGUAUGAAUAUGUUAACAACACAGGUUAACUCCUUACGUGAUUACUGUGGUGUGACGACGGGCAAUCCACUUCCAGCUCAGUAUCUGUAUCAACAACAACAACUACAUGAUUUACAACGUCGUUCACCAAUAUCUGUAUCACAUUUACGCCACACUCAUAUCGCAACGAUCAGCGAAGAAGAUGAAUCAAUGAUUGAAUCCACAUCAUUGAUGGCAUCAGUGGAUCGUACACCUUAUGUUGGACAUACAUCGCUAACAAUGGCAGUGAACGCAUCCGGUAUUGGUCAACUUGAUGCUGCAGAUAAUUCUGUUCUACUAGCAUUAAAUAAUUUCAAUCAACCGGUUAAAGUAGACAAUGACACCGCGAUUACUGGUGGUCAACUAAGUGGAGGCAUCGGAACAUUUCAUGGCCAACAUCUAGAUCACGAUGAUGAUCUUAUCAAUGAACCCGAACGUUUAAUCAUGUACGGCGACCAACGUCCAAUAGCUUGA